AUGGUCGAGAAGACGGAGACAAACAUCCGUGAUUUCCAAAUUUUCAGGCAUGCCCACACAAACAGCGGGUUUCCGGGAAAAAUGAUAGCUCCCGUAGGCAUUUUCAUCAGCAUAGACUUCUUUGUUGAGAACUUGAAGUCAUCAUUCAAAAGAAUAGAUCCGAAAGAGCCAAUAGCUCCCGAUGGAAUAUCGGACGAAACGCCGUACCAGAAGUAG